AUGUCUCUCCUGUUAAAUGUGGCUUAUGAUUGGGUUCCUCCUUUCAAGCUCCACAGACUUAGCAUUGGAGGCUGCAGAGUAGGUCAUGGUUUUGGGGCAUUGAUUCAAUCUCAAACUGAACUAGUCGAUGUCUUCCUUUGUAGUACUUUCAUCUCGGAUUCCAUAGAGGAAUGGUUGUCGAAGAUAUCUUCCCGAGUCGAAUAUUUGGAUUUAUCUGACAACAACUUCAGUGGAAGGCUUCCAUUACAAUUGAAGUUUCCAAAGCUAAGAAGUAUUAGAUUGGGUCAUAAUCAAUUGGAAGGCCCACUUCCACUUUGGCCCACUAAUGCCUCUUGCCUUGAUCUUCAAAGCAAUUUAUUUUCCGGUGGUGAGAUUGUUUUCUUUCAAAAUUGCACUUUUUUGGUAUUACUUAAUCUUGGAGGCAACAAAUUCACUGGAAACCUACCUUUAUGGAUUGGAUCAGACGUACCUCAAUUAGAAGUAUUACAAUUGCAAUCCAACCUUUUGAGCGGGCAUAUCCCCCCUCCCCCCCCCCAACCCCCCAAUUUCUGCAAUCUUCCAUCCCUUCGCGUCCUAGAUCUUUCUCACAACAACUUUUCAGGGACCAUUUCCAAGUGUCUGACUUGUCUAGUUGAAGAUAGUGAUAGAUGCCAUACUAGCAUGUGGUUUGAAUCAUAUUAUGGAAAAACAACAAUAAUGUCAAAAGGGAAAGAGCUCGAAUAUAAGGAUUACCAGUUAACCGCCUGGGGAGACAUGAUUGAUCUUUCAUCAAACAAUUUUGAAGGUGAAAUCCCUGAACAAGUAGGCAAUAUGGUUAACUUGAGUAUGUUGAACUUGUCGAUGAAUCGAUUAACUGGAGAGAUUCCUUCAAGCAUCGGAAAAUUACAUUGGCUUGAAACUCUUGAUCUCUCACACAACCACUCUUGUCCUACAACAACUUGA